AUGCCUUCUCCUUGUACACUCCUCUUUCUCUUCUUCUUCUUUUCCCUCUGCGUUUCUUCUCCUGACCUCCUCCUGGACCAGCAAGAGAGCGACCACCUUUACGCCGUUCUCUCCUCUCUCAACCCCUCCGUCGACUGGCGCUCCGACUACCCCGACGACCUCUGCACCUCCGGCCCCCACGGCGUCGUCUGCGAGCCCCUCGGCGACUCCCUCCGCGUCGUCGAGCUCAGCUUCGGCUACGUCUCCGACUACUCCAACAACCCUCCCUGCCACCCUUCCAACGCCUCCUUCUCCCCUUCCCUCUCCCGCUUUCCCUUCCUCUCCAAGCUCUUCUUCUACCGCUGCUUCACCAACUCCUCCCUCGUUUCUCUUCCGUCCUUCCUCUGGUCCCUCGGGCCCCAACUCCAGGAGCUCGUCUUCGAAGACAACCCUGCCAUCGCCGGACCACUCUCCGCGGACAUCGCCAACCUUACCGGACUCCGCCGGCUGAUCAUCUCCGGCUCCAACCUCUCGGGGCUCAUUCCCCAAACCAUCGCCGCCCUGUCCCAGGUUCAGCAGAUUGACCUCAGCGGCAACCGCCUCACGGGGCCGAUCCCUCCUGCCGUCGGCAACCUCACCGAGCUCAUCGUCCUCGACCUCAGCCGGAACCAGCUCACCGGGCCGCUGCCGCCGGAGCUCGGCCAACUUUCGAAGGCGACUAAGCUGGAUUUGAGCUUCAACAACAUAUCCGGCGAGAUUCCCGCGUCACUGGGGGAGCUAAGGGGCUUGGAAAUGUUUGUCCUCAGCAACAACAGCAUCAAUGGCGGACUUCCCCUGUUCCUGGGACGAAUGCAGGGACUGCGGGACCUUCAUUUGGGAGGGAACCCCCUGGGAGGGACCCUGCCGGACGUCUGGACCCAGUUGGCGGGGUUGGUCAGCCUCGACUUGGCUUACACUGGGCUGGUCGGCAUCAUCCCGGCUUCCAUGGCUCGCCUGCGCAACCUGACCUACCUAUCCCUAGACCACAACGGGCUCACCGGAGCCAUACCAUCUGGGCUCGGUGGGCUCCCCUUGAUUCACGACCUCGACCUCAGCUACAACCGGCUCAGCGGGCAGGUGCCGUUCAGGGAGGAGGUGGUGGAGCGGUUGGGCCCCAAGCUCAAGCUCGCCGGAAACGACGGCCUGUGUCUCGGCUCGAAGAUGGUCGGCGCCGGCUUGGUCAGGGUGGACGUCAAUGGGUGCAUCUCCUCUAACCUCGCAGAGUCGUUGGCUCGUGAUAGCUCGGCGGUGAGCUCGAGAGGGUCGCGUCUCGGAUCCGAUUCUUGGUACGGCGUGGCUCUGGCCCUGCUGCCUGCUUACCUCCUCACGUUAUGA